UCCUUAGAUAAAACUUUUAGUAACACAACCUGUGUAAUUUAUAUUAUUAAAUAUUUUGUGUAACAUUGGUGGCCAUUACAAAACCUAAACUUUUUUAUCAGGACAAAUGUCCACUUGAUGUUUCGGCGACGUUGUGACUAAUCUUUCGAAAAGCAAACUAAAAACACGAGUCCUGUGAUUCAGUCUUUUGUAGUUCUUAUUGUGCUUGUGCCGUGACUUCCAUAUCCGAGAAACCUUGCAGUAUAUUCGAAACUGCUUUCAAGCCGACCGACGAUUUAUUACUAAGGUUCCACGCGUUGCUAUAAACGGUCGCCGAAACAUCAAAAGAAAAUUGGUGAUUGCAGUGUAACAACAAUGAUUUUGAGAUAAAUUGUAUUAAAGUGUUAUUAGUCGAAGUGUAAAACUGCAAAAAACGGAAUUAUUGUUGAAAAGUUUUGAUAAAAGAAGUGUUGUUGGUGUUUGAGUGUGGCAUGGAGAGAGACUGCACGCCCCUACGGGUGUGGUGACAUGGGCUGCUCGGCUUCUGAAGCCGUGCAUCGGGAGUGAGCAGUGUGGGGCCGGGCUGGCACACAUCUAGUAUUAUGAACAAGCGCGAAGGCAACAAGGAGAAGGAACGUCAGAGUGACGAUAAAAGAACUUCCACGAACUGCGAGACUAGUUGUGACUCUUCAACAAUAAAUAGUGAACAAUCUUCUUUUGGCGCUACCGGCGCGGUGGGCGGGCGCGGCGUGGGCAGCAGCGCGAUGCAUCCGUCGCGGCACUCCGUCACCUCGUCGUCGGGCGUGUUGAUGGUCGGGCCCAACUUCCGCGUCGGCAAGAAGAUCGGGUGCGGGAACUUCGGGGAACUCCGACUGGGGAAAAAUCUGUACAACAAUGAACAUGUAGCUAUUAAGAUGGAGCCUAUGAAGUCCAAGGCUCCGCAACUCCAUCUAGAGUACCGAUUUUACAAGCUACUCGGUACACAUGCCCCCUCGACAGCGGAAGGCAUCCCCGAAGUGUACUACUUCGGGCCGUGCGGCAAAUACAACGCGCUGGUGAUGGAGCUCCUCGGGCCGUCGCUGGAGGAUCUCUUCGAUCUGUGCGGCCGGCGGUUCUCUUUAAAGACUGUGCUAAUGAUCGCUAUGCAGCUGUUACAUCGUAUCGAGUAUGUCCACACGAGACAUCUAAUAUACCGAGACGUGAAGCCGGAGAAUUUUUUAAUAGGUAGAACAGCAACUAAAAGGGAAAAAAUCAUCCACAUCAUUGAUUUUGGUUUGGCCAAAGAGUAUAUAGAUUUAGAGACAAACAAACAUAUCCCAUAUCGGGAGCAUAAGUCACUCACCGGGACCGCAAGAUACAUGUCAAUAAAUACACAUUUAGGAAAAGAACAAUCUAGACGCGACGACCUAGAGGCUCUCGGGCAUAUGUUUAUGUAUUUUUUACGUGGUUCCUUACCCUGGCAAGGUUUAAAAGCUGACACACUCAAAGAAAGAUACCAAAAAAUUGGUGACACCAAGCGUGCGACGCCUAUUGAGGUGUUGUGCGAGGGCCACCCCGAGGAGCUGGCGACGUACCUGCGCUACGUGCGGCGGCUCGACUUCUUCGAGACGCCGGACUACGACCAGCUGCGCCGCAUGUUCCGCGACCUGUUCGAGCGGCGCGGCUACCAGGACGACGGCGAGUUCGACUGGACCGGCAAGACCAUGCCCUCCAACAUUCACGUGAUGCGCAUCUUGCGUAACGCGCCACCCUCCAAUGUCGUUAGAACUAAGUCGGACAAGUCGACGCCCGUGGGCUCAAUCCAGACCGGGCACGAGAUCGUGGUGUCGCCGAACCGGGUGCACCAGCCCUUCCACAAGGAUGAUUUGUGUGAUUAUAUGAUUGGUUUGGUGGAGGACGAUGAAGCGGCUCUCAUCCAGGGCACGGCGAAGGAGGCGGGCUUGGGCGGCGCCACCAACUCUGGCAGCAACUGGCCGCACAGCGGUAAGGCCACGCCGCUCACCGCCGGCCAUCUCACCCCCGCCGACCGCCACGGCUCCGUGCAGUUGUUGAAGAAUAAGCAUUUUCGGUAUGUGAAAUUCCCCGGAUCCGUGUCCACGGUGGUAUCGUCGACCAACGGCGAGCUGGGCGCGGACGACCCCACGGCGGGGCACUCCAACACGCCCAUCACGGCGCCGCAGCACGACCAGGACCUCCAGGACGACACCAAGUCAGUGUUCCAACUAUGCUGUUGUUUCUUCAAACGCAAAAAGAAGAAGUGCGCCGCCCGCGCGGGCAAGUGACGCGCGCACACACGCACGCGCCGCCACACACACACACACACGCCACACACGUGCCCGCACACACGCCCGCGUUCG